GCAUGGCAGCAUCAGGUGAGUUCACGCGCGUGUUCUCGGCGUUCGACCAGGACGGCAACGGCAAGAUCUCCGCUGCCGAGCUGCGGCUCUGCAUGAAGGCGGCGCUGGGUGGCGACAUGUCGGCCGAGGAGGUGCAGGCCCUGAUGGCGUCCGCGGACGCCGACGGUGACGGGCUGCUCGACGAGGAGGAGUUCGUGAGGCUGGUGCGGGAGGCGGAGGCCGGCCAGGAGGAAGAAGGGGACAGGUGCAGGGAGGCGUUCGGGAUGUACGAGAUGGAAGGGAGGGGCUGCAUCACCCCGCUCAGCCUCAAGCUGAUGAUGAGCAGGCUGGGGCUGCACCUGGACGUCGACGAGUGCCAGGCCAUGAUCCGCCGGUUCGACCUCAACGGCGACGGGGUCCUCACCUUCGACGAGUUCAAGACCAUGAUGAUGAUGGCAUGACAUACAAAAACUGAACUUUGUAUACUUUGUCUGGUUGAUUGAUUCUAAUUCGAAAUUUUCUAUCUUCGA